GUCCCUGACUUACUUCAUUGUGAAACCUUUCCAGGAAUCAGAGGAAGAACCAUCUCGCACCGCUAGCUUGGAUAAACUGCUUCAUGCAGGCUGAGUGAGAAAUAAAGAGAAGGACUGUAACCACAUUCAUCAGUCUGCACCAUGAGCGGGAUUCCAGGCACAGCUGUCGUCCAGGUCACCAACCUGUCCUCGGCCGUGAGCAGCGAGCAGAUGCGCACUCUGUUCGGCUUCCUGGGAGACAUCGACGAGCUGCGGCUCUACCCGCCCGACAAUGCCCCUCUGUCUUUCUCCUCCAAAGUGUGUUAUAUAAAGUACCGAGACCCCUCCAGUGUUGGUGUGGCGCAACAUCUCACCAACACAGUGUUUGUUGACAGAGCUCUGAUAGUGGUGCCAUGUGCAGAAGAUGACUAGACUGGCCCAGCUGUUACACUACACUAGCCUGAGUCAGGCAUUGUUUUCCAAGCCACUAUCCCCGAUCGGGCCAACGCAGCCUUCAAGGGGGGAAUGUGACCAGGAGAAUAGCCCGCUGAUCCUUCCAAGAUGGACACCUUGUCUCUUUUUAUUUAUUUUUCUUUUCUUUUUGGUUUGUUUCCUUUCAUACUUUCCCAUGUUGUCCACUUUCUCCUGUCUCUAUCUAGAAACUACAGUAUUGCUUAAUCUCUAGCGUUGUGUUAUAUUUGUUAUUUUGGUUUGUUGUUUUGAUUAUUGUCCAACCCCCACCCCCCUCUCUCUUUCCGCUACAGCUGCAGCUUGUGUGUGAUUGAAUUCUGUCCAGGUUGCUCCGGCAUACUGCUGGUGGGGAUGUGUAUCACACAUGGGAAGCUAGGAGGAUCACUAACACUUUACUCUGUUGUCACCAACCUCCUGUUGACAUAGUGAGGGGGCUAGACGUUCUAAAAGUGAGAUCCAGUAAUGACAACUUUACCUCUUUAAAAAAAAAAAAAACGUCUCAUCUUUCAGAUCUCUUUGCACUUUUGACCUGUGCUAAAAAUCUACUCACAGCUCUGAUAUGGAUGUUUUAAUAUUGUCACUCUCCUCUGUUAACUUACACUUUGCGUCGUUCCUUUUGGAGUUUAUUCCUUGAAGUAGAAGUGUUAAAGUCAUGCUCUGAUUCUCUAGUUAUUCUGUAAACAUAGCCGACUCUUCUUGCAGUAAAAGAAGCAGAUUUUAAUCCAAAGUGGAAUGAGCAAAACUCCUAAUUGGUUGUCUUCUUUUUCUUUAUAGCUAAGUCUUGGCUAACAUUUCCUACAGUUCUUAAAAUUGUUGUUCUUCUCUGUAUCUGAUGUCCUGUGUGCUAUUAGUGAUGCAGCCAAUGGGGUUGUCUUGUGUUGCACACCUUUCCAACACUGCGAAAACGAUCGCCCCCCCCCCAAGGAAAAGCGCCCAUGCUUGAUAUCGCAUGGUUCAUGACCAAUAUGUUUCCAGUACAGGGAAGAUACCGGAGGAGGCCAAGGCUUUGUCUCUCUUGGCACCCGCCACCCCAGUACCCAGCCUGAUUCCUGGUGGGGGACUGCUACCGAUUCCUACACCCGCCCCGCUGCAGAAUCUGAACCUUCCCAUUGUGAAUCGAGCAUCAGCGACUCUGGACCCUGCAGCGUCUUCUAGUGGUCAGCCCCCCCUCAUGGGAAACGUGGAUCCCUCCAAAAUCGACGAGAUCAGGAGGACGGUCUAUGUCGGCAACUUGAACUCACAGACCACCACCGCCGAGCAGCUCUUGGAGUUCUUCAAGCAGGUUGGAGACGUGAAGUUUGUAAGGAUGGCCGGAGACGAGACUCAGCCGACGCGCUUCGCCUUCGUGGAGUUUGUGGAGCAGGAGUCCGUCGCCCGAGCUCUGACCUUCAAUGGAGUCAUGUUUGGAGACAGACCCCUGAAGGUUAAUCAUUCCAAUAACGCUAUCGUUAAACCUCCUGAGAUGACGCCGCAGGCCGCUGCUAAAGAGCUGGAGAGUGUGAUGAAGAAAGUGAGGGAAGCUCAGUCCACCAUCGCUGCUGCUAUUGAUCCAGCUGACCUAAAGAAGAGUUCCUCCUCCAGCCAGACCAAGCGGGCACGCCGCUCACACUCCAAAUCACGCUCCCGGUCACACUCGAAAACACGCAGGAAAAAGUCCCGUUCCAAACACAGAACGCCGCAGAAGUCAUGGCCGAAGAACGACUCCCACAGCUCCCGAAGCGGCCACAAGAAGCGGUCUCGCUCCAGAGACAGGAGACACAGUCGCAGUCGCUCGAGGGGCCACAGGAGGAAGAGUAAGGAACGCUCACGGAGCCCCCGAAGGAAAGUCAGAUCACCCUCACCAAAAAGAGGUAAGAAAGACAAGAGGAGGGAGCGCAGCAGGGACCGAAAGGAGCGCUCCACAUCCAGGAAGAGGAGCCGCAAAGACGAGGACCGGACGAAGAGCAAGGCCAGGCCAGUGAAGGUUGUGAAAGACUACAACCGAGUGGAAAAGGAAGACUUCGAAAGCGACAGAGAAGACUCGGUCGGCCUCAGCGAGGACAUGACAUCAUCACCCUGCGUCCAGCACAACGGCAGCUAAAAGACUCACCAUGAGGAGCGUGCGUGGACGCAGAGGGACUAUUACAGCAGCACGAAAUCAAACGAUCUCAACGCCCGUCAGGUGUGUAUCAAAACAAGAACACUGGACAACCAACCAACCAACGAACAACGAGUUCCCCCCGUCAGCAUCAGUGUCCUGUUGUACCGCCUGGUUUUUACAGCAACACAUGGAUCCUUUUAUUUAAGUUAUUGUUUGAGGAGAACACCUGAAGGCCGAGUGAGGACUGGGGACAGCAAAGAGAGUCUCAGCUUCACAGUUCAGCAGAUCAUUGAUGGGUUUAGAGGCUCAGAGAUGAUCAUGAAUGAUCAUUUCAUCAUUAAAACUCUCCAAACAGCAGAUUUCACACAGGCAGAAUCUAAAGCUUUUAUUGGAUUCAUAUUGAAACACAAACACUCUGUCCACCUUCUGAUUCUGAUUGGUCAGUAUACAGCAGUGGUCUGCUAUUUCUCUAUAGCAUGCAGAUGCAGAAGCAAUGAAGAGCAGACCGUUGUUGUGGAUGCAGAGAAAAGAGAGAGAGCGUGGAGUUAUUGUUCUUUAAACACUGAUAAUGUUACUGAAUCUGAGGCAGUGGCGUGGCAGAAAAAGUCCUCCCUCUGAAAACUGUGAAAUGUUUACAACAAGAGAAACACAACCACUUUUAAUCCAUUGAAAUCAUGUCCAUGUCAGUUAUUUGGCGUAAAACUAUUUAUUAAAGAAGUAAGAAGCCAAAUUCCACCAGAUCUGUGUCCGGUCCGUCUCUGAUCCGUCACCGGAUCUGAUAGGUUUCUAUUCUAGUUAAUCUGUUAACUUCCACUGGAUCCACUCCGUUGCGUUAGAUCAGAUACACAAGACUUCUAUUUCUGUCGGAUGCCGGAGCACGACGCAUCAAUCUUAAUAGAGCAGAUGGAGCAGGACAGGAAGUCAGGUUUCACCAAAACAAAAUGAAAACAUCCGGUUAAUUUUCAGAAUAAAACACUCUGUGUUAUCACCAGAUCGUAUUUCACUUAACUAUGACAACAAACCGUCAUGAUGAGCGAGGGUGGACUGGAGUCAACAGGUCAGAGGUUUUCAGAGGACCAGAAAGACAACAUGGAUGAGGAGAGGAGGAGGAGAAUCCUUGAUUCAGGGAUUAAUGCAGGAAAACCUCGGUCACAUGACUCCAGCUUUUCGGCGGUCCUGCUCCAGAUCAGAGAUGGACCGGACACAGAUCUGGUGGAAGUCCUGUGUAAGAGUGGAAGGUUAGACAAUCUUAAAAGUUAGACGAGUCCUGCUCACCCGGUUGAGGUUCCAAUCUGCUACAGCAACCCACUCACUUGAUAAUCUUGUACACAGAUACAAAGAUUGUAGUCAUGAUACUCCAGAGGACCACAAAACAUGCCAGCUUCUGAAUCAGCUGCACCAUAAAGGAAAUACCAGUUUCAAAAAAGCCUGUUUUAGUGAACAGGUCAGCAGUAUUAAGUUUACUGUGUCAUGUGAGAUGCAUCCAAAAUGAAAAACUGGGCGUUUCAAUAUUGCUAAUGGCAAUAUUAAGCAACUAAAUUCAUAAACACUAAUCAAAUGUUGCUCCUGUGAGUGCAACCUGGGUUAUUUUUGCAGCUGUGAGAUUUUAAAAUGAUAAUGUGUUAAUUUAUUGCUGCACAGGGACAAUAUAACUGUGUUAUAUCAUAGAUAAUUAAAAAGUAGGCUUCUGAAAUGAUUGAUAUGUGCACUUUAAUGCAACACACAAAGUAAGGAAGUUCAUCUGCAUUAAAACACAUGUAAAGCUUUGCACUCUCAUCAGGCUACAAUCUGAAACAAAAGCUUCACUUGAUUCUUUCAGUUUGAUCUACAUCUGUCUCUCUCUCUGGUUGAUAGCUGAGUUACUUUAUAUAGCGCUCCCAAACAGUUGUCACUCAUCACACUCCUUUUUUAGAGACAGACUGGUGACAAGUGUGAAGCAGCUGCAGCAGAGCAGGCUGACACUGUCUCUUGCUUCAGUUGUGUUUCGUUAACGCAUAAACGAAGACUGAAAAAUAAUGGAAGUGUAAUCCGGACUUUGUUGUGGAUUUAGAAUCUUCUGCACACUAACAUGCAAAUCAGUGUUCUUUACGCCUCAUGGAGUACAAAUAUAAACGCGCCUCUCUGUCGGGUGUCAAAAAAACCGCCUUUCCUCUUAUUCUGCCGCUCCGUGUCCAACUUCCCAUUCUGCUCUUCACUGACUUCAUUAAGUCAAAGAAGUGCAUUGUCAUGUUGCCCCCUCUGACAGAUGUUCUGCUGAUGCUGAAAGCCUCAUCGGUCCAGGGAAAGCGUCCCGUCUUUCUUCUUCGUUGCAUUAAAAUCUCUGGAAACUGGCGCCUCCUGCAAACGUACACUGUCAAGUCUGCAGAAUCAUGUUCUACAGUUUCUCUGGACCUCCUUGCGAAUAUAUUUUUACUACAAAAAGGCAUCUCUUAUUAGGUCAGUAUGAGAACAUGAUGAGCUGCAGCCACAUCCCAAUGCAUCAUGUUCUUUUUCAUGUUAUUGUUGUAAUGCUGUGAGAUAAAAAAAAAGAAGCUAUUUAAUGUUUUAUAGAAGCGAUGCAGGCCGAUACUGUAAAAAAAAUGAUGGUUUGCAAAAUGUCUGUCAGCUUAUAACGCUCCAGAGAGAACGGUAUUGUAAAUGAAGACUCACUGUUGCAGCUGAGACGAGGUGUCAAAGGUCAAAUAACUGCAUGGAACCCCAGAAGGGUCAAAAAGUGCCUAGACUAAGAUUGUACAGAAUAUUCUAAUAAUGUUGAGACUUAUUGACCGAUGCAACUUGGAUUUACUGUCAGUUCUGUUGAAUAGUUAAUGAGAUGUUAUAUUAAAGUAUUGUCAGCUGUCUUUUAGAGAGUAAUAGCAGAUUAGAUUUAACAUUGAUGGGACUUAAGUGGAUUUUUUUUUUAUAUUAACAGUUUAUUUUCUGUCAUUUUGGUGUUGCAGUUUGCAGUAUUGUGAUUGUGUUAAAAUAUUUGUGCAAACUAGCCCCCCAAAAUCAGGAAACAGGAGCGUUUCUGAAGCUUGUUGCAUUUUAAAAAGCGUCUUUGCCAAACUCCUCCUUUCAUGGCUUUUUACAAAAACUCAUCUUCUUGCUUUUUUUUUUCCCUUUUCCUGCUUUUUUUUUAUGUUUAACAAGGCUUCAGUUUGAAGUGGUGAACUCGUGAUAAAGCUAAGAAGAAAAAAAAAAAUUCCAACACAACCAAACAGUAUGUGAAGAGUUUUAUUUUUUAUAUCCAUGUACCUGCUAUGUGAGGUUUAGAUGGUGGUUAAUGAUUGUGCUCUGCAAGGGAGGGGGGAGGGAGGGGGGGAGGUUGGAAACUUGAUGUCUGCCUUUUUGAUUCUUUAUAAAGGUUUGGUGGAGUUGUUUCUGGAGAGCUUGGAUGUGUGUAUGUGAUCCUUCAUGAAUCUAUCAGAACAUCUGAUCUGGUUCCAAAAAUACUAAAUAAAGAGACUUUACAUUCA